CUUGCCCAUUCUGAAUCAGGCAAUAAGGCAUCAGUCAGCUAGGAACGCCGUUUCCCUGCUGAAGCUGGCCGUGACGCGAGCAUAGAGCUGCCUGAGCUACUCCCCAAGUCAACCUCCAAGAACCCGCAUCUCCCAAUCCAACCGCAACCUCACCUACCCCUUCCACGACAACCAUUACAAGAGUAAUCGGAAUUAUAGCCUCUGAUUCUCUCGACCAUCAAAAAUCCACUUAUCUCGACUCCAUACCCCGCCUACAGACCGUCGAGAUGGACAGCCUUGUAGCCAAGUACAGCCGCCCGGCGUUUGAGCAACACAACACUUUCAGAGACGAUGAGCAAGAGGACCUCGAGCUCAUGGGCGGUGCGCCGCCUCUGUCGUUGAAAUUCGCCAUGCCCCCCGUCGCACAUCCCUCUUCUUGGCUCCGCGCAGCAACAGACGACCGCUCCAACCCCGAUUGCCCCAUCAAGAUCGCUCACGGCACAACGACCCUCGCUUUCCGAUUCCAGGGCGGCAUCAUCGUCGCCACCGACUCCCGUGCCACAGCCGGAAACUGGAUCGCCUCGCAAACGGUCAAGAAGGUUAUUGAGAUCAACUCAGUGCUUCUGGGCACCAUGGCCGGCGGUGCCGCUGACUGCCAAUACUGGCUCGCCUGGCUGGGCAUGCAGUGUCGUCUCCACGAGCUCCGCCACAAGCGCCGUAUCUCGGUCGCUGCCGCGUCCAAGAUCCUCGCCAACCUCGUCUACUCGUACAAGGGCAUGGGCCUCAGCAUGGGCACCAUGUGCGCUGGCGUCACCAAGGAGGAGGGCCCCGCACUCUACUACGUCGAUUCGGAUGGUACCCGCCUGCCCGGCAACCUCUUCUGCGUCGGCAGUGGUCAGACCUUCGCCUACGGUGUUCUGGAUGCCGAGUACCGCUACGACCUGACAGACCAGGAGGCGCUCGACCUCGGCAGCCGGAGUAUCCUGGCGGCGACGCACCGCGACGCCUAUUCUGGUGGUUUCAUCAACCUGUACCACGUCAAGGAGGAGGGAUGGGUCAAGCACGGCUUCAAUGACACGAAUCCUAUCUUCUGGAAGACGAAGCUCGAGAAGGGCGAGUUCACCAACGUCACGGCCGACUUGGACUAGAUGUUGGGCAGGAGGAACUGUGAUAUGGUGUCGCUGAGUUGAUUCGGAACACGGGACUCUACCUGGACCAACGAAAUCAGUCGGUCGCCUAGGGGGGCGAUUGAGCAGGAUAUCAGCCACCUUCACCCCUUCUCACACUUUAAGGUGCAGGGAAAACAGGAAACGACAACGAGUUUCGUGCAUCGGGACGAUUAGAACGGUUACGUCACGGCAGGCGACGCGGGAUGGCAGCCAUAGGAGGAAACACGGGCUGCCAAGCUGUCACCCAAGGCAUCGGCGCUCAGGAAAGGGUGCCGAUGUCAUAUAACUUGUAAACUAGACCAUGAUACAAGUUCAUUCUUUUACGCUCUUUUUCUACAUUU